AUGUCCGUGGAUUCAAAUUCAAACACUGAGAAGCCGUUUCCAAAUUUGCAAGUCUUGGAUGUAUCAAACAAUGCCUUUGUUGGUUCUCUACCUGAAAGAUAUAUAAAUAAAUUUCGAGGUAUGAUAGAUGUAGAGAAAAACCUGACAGAUGAUGAAGAAAAUUUGUUUCUAGCAUUAAUAGAACUUAGGAUCACAUUGAAAGGAUUGGAUCAGUCAUUGAAGCGACUGCUAAAUACCUUUACCGCCCUCGACUUAUCCUCCAAUAGAUUCUCUGGGAGCAUUCCACCUUCUAUAGGGAAUCUUAAGUCUCUUCGAUACUUGAAUUUGUCUCACAAUACCCUCACAGGACAUAUACAACCAUCUCUUGGAGGUAUGAGUAACCUCGAGUCGUUGGACUUGUCUUCUAACAAAUUGGUUGGAGAAAUUCCAGAUGAAUUGUCAAGUUUGACAUUUCUUGGAAAGUUAAACCUUUCAAUGAAUAAUCUCGAGGGCCAUAUACCACAGUCUACUCAACUUUCCAAAUCAUAUGUUGCAAAUGCAGGAUUGUGUGGAUUUCCAUUGACGAAAGGAUGUGAUCCGAGCAAUGGAAAACCAUCACCGCCGUAUGUGGAAGUGGAAUCGGAUAGGGAGAUUAAGUGGGAUUAUGUGUUUGCUGCGGCUGGAUAUGUUGUGAGCUUAGGAAUCUUUUCCUGGCUGAUUUUAUUUAGCCCAAGUUUCAGGUAUAAAUACUUUGAGAUACUUGACGAUGUUUUCGAGAAGAUCUUAGAGCGUUGUCAGCGCCGGAAGAAGAGAGAUAGACGAAGAAGAGCUGUGAGGAAUCAGGCUUGA